AUAUCUGGAAUGGUAGAUGAUCUGAGCCUGGAGAAUGUGAAAGGAUCUGAGGACGUGUCUCUCCAGGAACCUAAGAGGGUUUCCAAAGCUCAGAAACGUCGGAACAAAAAGACGGAGAUGGAGAGGCAGAGACAGGAAGAGAUAUCACGUCAGGAAAUAGAAAACGAGACAGGAGCUAGGAACGUGGAGUACCAGAGGCUGAAAGAGUUACUGAAGGAAAGAGGAUUACAGAUCUCCGAGAUUCCGUCUGAUGGGGACUGUCUGUAUAACGCAGUGGCUCACCAAAUCAAUAAUGGGGGACAUCGUAUCGACUGUAAAGAACUCAGGGGGCAGGCUGCUAGCUACAUGAGAGAACAUGCUGAUGACUUCCUUCCUUUUCUGACAACAGAUAGUGGGGAGCUUUUUACAGAGUCUGAUUUUGACAAGUACUGUUGUGAACUGGAAACAACAACAGUGUGGGGAGGUCACCUAGAAAUCAAGGCACUGUCACAUGUUCUCAAUCAACCAAUCACAGUGCUUCAGAGUGACACUCCUCCAGUAACACUAGGUGAUGAUUGUCAAGGUGACCCUGUGACACUUGUGUACCAGAGACAUGCUUUUGGUCUUGGAGAACAUUAUAACUCAGUUGAACCACUACAGGAGUCUGCAGAGACAUAGUCCCAAAGUAAUAAAUUAUACCGGUAUACCAUCACCAUAGCAACCGAUAAACAUGGAAAGGAAUACCAGACAACAAAAGUCGUUUCUCCUGUUACACCACACUAUGGCCAGGUACAUUGGUUACCUUAAUUAUGUGUCAAACACUCAGAAAUCUGCUGUAACGACAGACUAUGGCAUGAACAUUUAUUGGAUUGAUAUAAUAUAAACUCAUU